UUACUCUGUUUUUUAACAGGGGGGAUCUGUUAUCAGCGAGCUUGGCUCCCAGGGACUUUUUUCGGGAUAUGAACCAAAAUCUCCUAACCGGAUAGGCCCACACAAAGCAAACGACAUAAACAAACUUCACUGGCGGGCGGGCGAGCGUCCGGGACAUUUAAAACAAACCCAAUACCAUCAGCAUUGAAAACAUGCAGCGAUGUCGAGGAGAGCACGGCUACCCAUAGGAUCCCAAAGUUGGGACUUUUAUGACAAGCAAUGAGAGGUUAACAGAGCUAUAGAUUUUGCUGAGGAUUGCUGACUGUUGUGGCCAAAAAACGCUAAACCCGUUACCGUAAACCAGAUCCUUCACCUUCCUCUUCCACCCAAAGUCAUCAUGACAACCUCAUCUUUACGGCGGCAAGUAAAGAACAUCGUAAACAACUACACAGAUGCCGAGAUCAAGGUUAGGGAGGCCACGUCCAACGACCCUUGGGGUCCUCCGAGCUCGCUCAUGUUGGAAAUCGCAGACCUGACGUUCAACGUGGUGGCAUUUACUGAAGUCAUGGGCAUCAUCUGGAAGAGGCUCAAUGACCAUGGCAAACACUGGCGGCACGUCUACAAGGCCCUUAACUUGCUGGACUACUUGAUCAAGAGGGGGUCCGAGCGCGUGGCCCAGCAGUGCAAGGAGAACAUCUACGCCAUCCAAACCCUGCGGGAUUUCCAGUACAUUGACCGAGACGGUCAGGACCACGGCUUGAACGUACGUGAAAAGUCCAAGCAGCUGGUGUCUCUACUUAGGGAUGACGAUCGGCUCAAGCAAGAGAGAUCCCAAGCGCACAAGACCCGUGAACGUGUGGCAGGAGCUAGUAGCUCGAUGAGCUACGGAUCUUUACCGCCUCCCUACCCUGGGCGCCGCACCAGUCAGCCCAGCAUGGCAGCGCCUUACGUAGAAGAGAUCGUCAGAACUAACGGCUCCCCGACCUCCUUUAAUUCCUCCUCUUCCUCACCUCAUCUGGCCCCUGAUCUGGAGCGUGCGCGACCACAGACGAGCGAUGAGGAGAAGCUGCAACUGCAGCUGGCACUAGCCAUGAGCCGAGAGGAGAGCGAGAAGCCACCUCCUGCUAUAGAUAUUGAUGAGCAGACGCAGCUUCAGAUUGCCAUGAGUCUCAGUAAAGAGGAGGCACAGAAGCCAGCACCUCCACCGGCAUCCGUUCAGGACAUGGAUGAAGAAGCACAGCUCCAGCUGGCCCUUAGCCUCAGUAAAGAGGAACAUCAACAGGAGGAGCGCAGUCGUCAGGGAGAUGAAUCAUUGCUCCAGAAAGCUCUGGAGGAGAGCAAACGGGAUUUGGGAGCCAUAGGAGGAGGAUCUGCCAUGUUGGAUCUUGUAGAUAUUUUUGCUCCAGCCCCUGAUGUGCCUUCGAGUGCCAAUCCUUGGGAUUCAUCUGGAGGCCAUAGUAGCAUAGCCCAACCUGGUCCUCUGAAGGUCGACCCAUGGGACUGUCUGGCAGAGCCCAGCUCUUUAAAUGCCAAACAUGGAAGUUCAUGGAUGGGUGCAGCUGCUUCAAGUGUUCAUUCCCAGCCCUGGGCACAGCGACAGCCCCCUCCUGACCCAUGGGAAGCCCCUCAGAGCGGACCAAAUCAAACCUGGAUCUCCCCUGCUCAUACUGGAAUUGGAGCAGAUCCCUUUUCUCUUCCAGCUGCAGAUAAACAAGGAUCGAUUGGUCCUCUGAAAACUCCAUCUCCUCGCGCUGGAAGUCCUUCAGAUGAUGAUUUGUUUGAUGAGGCAAUGGAUGGAGGUCAGGCAAAUGUGAACGGACACAGCAGUCCCGAGCUUUUCAAUAUGUCUUCCCUCGGUGAAAGUCUACCUAAACCGACACCUCAAGCCUUUAGCACCCCAGAGGCAUUUUUGGGUCCCACCGCAGCUUCACUUGUCAACUUGGACUCUUUGAUUCCCUCCAACCCCAAGAACCUCAACCCAUUUUUAUCAGGACCGAGCGCACCGUCAGCAACUAAUCCAUUCCAAAACGAUCAACCCCGCCUCACGCUUAAUCAGAUGCGGCCCACUUCUACAUCCCCUGUACCCACUUCGCUCCAGUUUAAUGCCUCUCUACCCCUGCCUGUCGGUAAACAACCCACCUCCCUUCCCAGUACAUUUACCCAGUCUGCACAAGCCCCACAGGAAAUCCCUGGAAAUCUGCCCCAACCGCUGCUACCCCUUUCAACAUCAUCCAUGCUUGCCGAUCCAGACCAACACAACCAGAAUCCAUUCCUAUGAAGGAAAACUCGACCGCACUCAGUAUCUACUAGCCUGGAGAAAGACAAUGCUUUUAAAAAGACAAUUUAACUACAAAACUGGAUCAGCUGCUUAUCAAACCUACUGGUUUUACUUCGUUUUUAUGGCUUGGCUUUUAUCACAACCUUCUGGUUUUACACGCUGCAGUUACUCCUAAGGGCCGUUCACACAUACAGCGAUAUGCAUUGACACAAGUUGUUGCAUGAAAGUUGUCAUGAAAAGUUGCUUUUCCAAUCGAGAUGAGUCUUUGGAUCACAUGUGCCUUGUCAAGCAAUCAUAUAAUGGCCCUGAUGUCUACCGACCUGACUCAACUAUUACCAGAUACCACAGAUUUAGUUAGGUAUUAAGCCGGCGGAGUGUCGGGUCGGGCUCAAAUUGGCUGUGUCUCCAGAUUUGCCCUGACACACCAAGCCGACGGUUGACCUGGUAGUAUGUAAAUAUAGUUGGUAUUCAUUACUCAAAAUUUGAAACCAGAAGAGCUAGUGAGUGACUAAUGAAAUACAAAACAAACAAAGCGACACUCGCUUACCAGUUUCACACAAAUCUCACUCAUCACAGAUGGAUUUGUCAUGUCCGUAAUGUCUGGUAAGUUGCAAGUGGCACUGCCGUUGUCAGCCCUUAAAUGAGAUCCCUCUUGACUUUGUUGUUUGCUUUGUCACUUUCAUUUUUCUUCUUGUGCACUGGUUGGCUAAGUCGAACAGCCAAUCAGAAUAAUCUGACUCUUCUAACCACACCAAUAAAACUAUGCCAGACAGUUGACCAUUGGAGUGGUGUGUACUUAGCAUUACCUGUGAUUUCUUGAAUAAAACAGCUGUUUUUGAUGUAGUAUACUCAGUUUAUUCAGUCUUCCUGUUUUUGUGCUUUUCCUGUACGCUUUCCCUAGAGGAGCGACUGUCUAGAGGCCACAGUGACCAUCGGCAAUGCGUUGUAGGUGUGUCCAGUGAUGCAACAAAAUUGAGAGAAGUUGAACUUUAUGCAAAUGAGCAGCGACACAGCAUAGUGACUACCAGUAGGAUUGAAGACACUGGAUGUGAUUCGUCUUCUGUGAGAUACUGUAGUUAAGAACGUUAAUACAACGACCUGGACAAUGACCCAGCUAACAGAAAAAAGUUCUAAGAACGUUUCCUGAAAGUUCCCAAGGUUCCCAAAAACGUUCUGCCAACGGAAAAAGUGUCCAGUUUUCUUGACGUUCUAAGAACGUUUUUGUGUUGUCUCAACGUUAGAGGAAUGUUACAUUUUACCAUUUUUAAACGUUAUGACAAUGUCAUGUUUUAAUGUUCACACAAUGUUUAAAACAACAACUGUUUAUUAU